AUGCCCGGGGGAAAGAGAGGGCUGGUGGCGCCGCAAAAUACUUUUCUGGAGAACAUCGUUAGACGUUCAAGUGAGACCAGCUUUCUCCUGGGAAAUGCCCAGAUCGUGGAUUGGCCUGUAGUGUACAGCAAUGACGGAUUCUGCAAGCUCUCCGGCUUCCACAGAGCUGAGGUUAUGCAGAAGAGCAGCACAUGCAGUUUUAUGUAUGGAGAGCUGACGGACAAGAAGACCAUCGACAAAGUCAGGCAGACGUUCGAUGGCUAUGAAUCCAACUGCUUUGAAAUCCUGCUGUACAGAAAGAAUAGAAGUCCAGUGUGGUUCUACAUGCAAGUGGCUCCCAUCAGGAACGAGAAUGACAAGGUGGUUCUGUUCCUCUGCACGUUUAAGGACAUAACGCUGUUCAAGCAGCCCAUCGAGGAUGAAGCCACUAAAGCAUGGACCAAAUUUGCACGGCUCACGCGUGCCCUCACCAACAACCGCAACACGCUGCAGCAGCUGGCACCCAUGGGCAAACACGAAGUCAGCCAUAAACAGUCGAGACUGGCGGAGGUGUUGCAGCUCAACUCUGACAUCCUCCCCCAGUACAAACAGGAAGCCCCGAAGACGCCUCCUCACAUCAUCCUUCACUACUGCACCUUCAAGACCACCUGGGACUGGGUCAUCCUCAUCCUCACUUUUUACACAGCCAUCAUGGUUCCCUACAACGUCUCCUUCAAGACCAAGUACAACAACAUUGUCUGGCUGGUACUGGACAGUGUGGUGGACGUCAUCUUCCUGGUGGACAUUGUCCUCAACUUCCACACCACCUUUGUGGGUCCAGGUGGGGAGGUGAUCUCUGACCCCAAACUCAUCCGCAUGAACUACCUGAAAACCUGGUUCGUCAUUGACCUGCUGUCCUGCCUGCCUUAUGACAUCAUCAAUGCUUUUGAGAAUGUGGAUGAGGGCAUCAGCAGUCUGUUCAGCUCUCUGAAGGUGGUCCGCCUGCUGCGUCUGGGCCGGGUGGCCAGGAAACUGGACCAUUACCUGGAGUAUGGGGCAGCUGUUCUGGUCCUUCUGGUCUGCGUAUUUGGACUGGUGGCCCACUGGCUGGCUUGCAUCUGGUACAGCAUUGGUGACUAUGAGGUCAUUAAUGAGGCCACCAAGACCAUCAAGAAGGACAGCUGGCUCUACCAACUGGCUAUCAGCAUUGGCUCGCCUUAUAAAUACAAUGCCAGUGGCUCUGGCCAGUGGGAGGGGGGUCCUGGCAAGGACUCGCUGUACAUCACCUCUUUGUAUUUCACCAUGACAAGUCUGACAACCAUCGGCUUUGGCAACAUUGCACCAACCACGGAUGGAGAGAAGAUCUUUUCUGUGGCUAUGAUGAUGGUGGGAUCUCUUCUUUAUGCGACCAUUUUUGGAAAUGUGACCACCAUUUUCCAGCAGAUGUACGCCAACACCAACCGCUACCAUGAGAUGCUCAACAACGUCAGGGACUUCCUGAAGCUCUACCAGGUUCCCAAGGGCCUCAGUGAGCGGGUUAUGGACUACAUCGUCUCCACUUGGUCCAUGUCUAAAGGCAUCGACACAGAAAAGGUCUUAUCCAUCUGUCCCAAAGACAUGCGAGCUGACAUCUGUGUCCACCUCAACAGAAAGGUGUUCAAUGAGCAUCCAGCCUUCAGGUUAGCCAGUGAUGGCUGCCUGCGCUCCCUGGCUGUAAAGUUUCAAACCAUCCAUUGUGCUCCAGGAGAUCUGAUCUUCCACGCUGGCGAAAGCGUUGACACCCUCUGCUUUGUGGUGUCGGGGUCUCUAGAAGUCAUCCAGGAUGAUGAGGUUAUCGCCAUCUUAGGUAAAGGGGAUGUGUUUGGAGAUAUCUUUUGGAAAGAAGCUACCCUGGCUCAUGCGUGCGCCAAUGUUCGAGCACUAACUUACUGUGAUCUCCAUGUUAUUAAGAGAGAAGCCCUGCUCAAAGUUUUGGAGUUUUACACAGCCUUCGCCAAUUCCUUCUCCCGCAACCUUAUCCUCACCUGUAACCUGCGCAAACGGAUAAUUUUCCGUAAAAUCAGUGAGGUGAAGAAGGAGGAAGAAGAGAGGGAGCGAGCAAAAAAUGAGGUGCAGCUAACCAUCCCGCAGGACCACCCAGUCCGUAAGCUUUUCCAGAAGUUCAAGCAGCAGAGGGAGCUCCGCAACCAGGGAGCUGCAGCUACUUCUCAGCUGGACCUGGAGAAGAAUCAACUUCAGGUGAAGAAGCAGCACCAUCAACAUCUGCACCCCUUAACCCUGCAGCUGGGCCAUUCCAGUCUGCAGCACUCGCUGCCGCUCAACCUGAAGCAGCCCCACACCUCCAUGCAGAAUGGGGCACCACCCAACAGCAGUGUGCUGACCGUGUCUCAGGUCACGCCCAUGCAGAGUUCUCUGGCCUACAGCCAUCCCAGGGAACCUCUUGCGAAGCAGAAUAACUGUAAUAUCAUGGAGCUGCAGCCCAACUCUGCUGCAGAGGGAGGUGAGCUGCCCGUCAUGCUCAAAGUAAACACCAGCCCUGUGCUGGGAGAGCCAGCCAUCAAGGCCAGAGGAUGGAUGCACCUGCAAAACAGCAUGGUUCCAAUGGAAGCAAGGAAGGAGGGGCUAAAUAACACUGUUAAGGCUGUUUCUGUGGAGAUACUGUCUCAGGACAGUAAAGGUCAGGAAGCAGGAGGCAAUGUGGACAUAGGAGAGGGUGGGGUGACCAGCAACAACCCUCUCCGUAAGACUGACUCCUGCGACAGUGGGAUCACAAAGAGUGAGUUGCGGAUUGACCGAGCAGGGGAGGCGCGGACCCCUGUAGUAGUUACUCCCCUCUUCCACAGCCCUCUCCCUGAAGGGGCAGGAUCCACUCACCCUUUCUGCCCCAUACCAGAGCAGACCCUACAAAUUGCGCUGCAUGAGACCAGGCUGGAGCUACGUGGGGACAUCCAGACUCUAGGAGGCCGUCUGGGUGCCUUAGAGAGUCGGGUAGCUCAAAUUAUCAAACUACUGUCGGACAAGAGCCGACCGUCCACUGGGGCAUCUUCUGCCUCCACCACACCUAAAACUAAAAUACGUCAGGAUAUUUUCACCGUUUCCAGGCCUGUUUCCCCAGACUCAGAGAAGGAUAAUGGGCUCUGA